CGGCAACCCAAGCCCACCGUCCUCCGAUCACCCUCCCCUACCCUUCACGUACUCGCCCCUUCGCCCUGCCCGUCUCUGCUUCAUGUUCGAAAGUGCAUGCCGCACGGUGAAUCCAACGAGCACCCUCCUGGCUUCAUGACUCGAUAGAAUCUGCCUGGACUCAACUAUCCACAAUAGAACUCCGCUCGUCAAGAUGCGAGCCGGCCACUUGCUGCUCUCGCGUUCUUCGCUUUCGCACCUUCUGCUCAUCUUCACGCUCCUUUCCACGUUUACAGCAGCUAGCUUCGUCCGGAGCCGUGCGCCAUCGCCGCAGCGAACUGCUGGUGCCGCCAGCCGCCGCGACCUGAUUAGCGACACAGUCGAGAACAUACUCCACCCUGUCAUCCACUUUGCACCGACCGUCCUAGGUAUCAGUAUCAACAACAAGGGACUGCAGCUUGACAAUGGCACCAACCCCAAUGACCCGGUCCAAGUAAGCCAGGCGCUACAGACGCAGCCUCCACCAAUCGACCUUGGGCAGCUGCUUCAAGACAUCACGCCCAAUUAUAACACCAGCAAAACGCUGGACUCUGCCUGCUCGGCCAUUCACACCGCUCUGCCGAACAACGACUACGUCGGCCGCGUCUGUACCACCCCCGAGUGCAUUCAGUCCACGACGCAUUACUACAAUGCUCGUCAAGCCGGCAACCGCCCGGCGUGCGUCACGUACCCAACGAGCAGCCAGGAUGUGGUGACAAUCAUGAAGUUGCUGAGAGAGUACGACGUCACAUACGCCAUCAAGGCUGUGGGCCACUCGACAGGCUACAACUUUACGACAGCUCUCGGCUUCAGCAGCACCACGGGGAUCUUGAUCGACAUGUCUAAGAUGAAGGCGGUCAGCUACGACGCAAGCACUGGGAUCGCACGCUGGGAACCAGGUCAGAGCUGGGGCGAGCUCGCUACGACAAUGGCGCAGUACGGCGCACAAGUUGUCGGUGGUCGCCUCGGCGCCGUCGGACCCGGCCUCAGCUUUGGCGGCGGCAUCUCGUGGUACUCGGGCCAAGUCGGCUUUGCGAGUGACACCACACACGCGUUCGAGAUUGUCCUUGCGGAUGGUACGUUUAUCAUUGCCACACAGGAUAACCAAUACAGUGACCUGUGGUGGGCAGCCAAGGUCGGCAUGAACUCGUUCGGUAUCAUCACCGCCGUACACUCGCGCACGCUACCUGGCACGACCACCUACGGCGGUUCCGUGAUCUUCCCGACCGACAAGAUGCUGGACGUGCUCGGCGCCUAUGCCAACUGGAUCAACGGUGGUGCAGACAAGUGCAAGAAGGGGUUCGUCUUACCCGCCAUCACUGACUUUUUUGUUGAGUCGCUCAUCACCCGCCUUAACAUCUUCGAGUUCUUCUUUGAUGGAACCGACCCAGGAGAGUGCUUCAAGGAUUUCAACAUCAUCAACACGCUCUACGAUGACCGCAAGGUGCAGCCAUAUCCGGACUUCCUCAACAAAGCGCUCACCAACCAGCAAUUUGUCUUUUCUGGCUUCAACAAUGCGUUGUACUCCUCGGUGACGGACCUCAUUAACAAGGACCAGCUGCUUGCAAUCUACAAUGCAUGGGAGGAAUACUCGGUCCAGACAUCAGGGGCGUACCUGCAGAACACCCUCAGCUUCUCAGUCAUCACCAAGACGGGCCUCGCCGCAUCGCAAGCAAACGGCGGCAACGCGAUGGGAGUCUCAGGCGGCGAUGGUUAUCUCUGGGUUUGCUAUGCAGAAGGUUCCAUACCCGCCAUUGGCGCUCUGAUGGAUACGAAGCUAUUUGGCCUGACGCCGCAGGCGGCGCAGGCGGUGCCCAAAAGCCAGCGCAAGCUGCCGCUGUAUGCCAACUACGCCCGGCUCGAGCAGAAGCCGUUCUUGACGUAUGGCGGCAUCGAACUUCUUCGACAGAUCAAGAAGAAGUACGACCCCGACAACUUCAUUAGCUCUCACACCACUGGGCACGACUUCUACUGAACACAAUGUAUGCAUUGCAGCAUCCAAGCGCACAGCCUUUCUUGAAUCUAUGGAUUGUGGUGCAUCUGUCUAUUCCCAUGUGCGCCUAACCUAUACAUUCAGCGAGCACUAAUAGUCCAAGAACUGCCCCAUAAGCCCUCGCUGCCGUUUUACUUGGUUUGGAGCCAGAAGCGAAGGGAGACCACGAUGGGAACAUGACAUACAACAACUGCUGCGGAUGUG